AUGGAGCAGAAAGUUCAGGAGCAGUUGCAAAGGUUGUCCACGAGUCCUGCAAAGCCAGUCGGAGUAAAAGACUUUCAGUUUUUGAAAGUAGUGGGUAUCGGAGGCUAUGGAAAGGUCUACCAAGUACGCGAAAAAUCCGGAAACCACGUCUAUGCGCUGAAAAUCAUUCGCAAAACAGAACGUCCGAUAGACGCGAAGCAUCUGAAAGACGAGAUUCGAGUACUCAAAACCGUCCAUUCACCAUUCUUGUGCCGCCUGCACACUUGUUUCGAGACCGAAGAAAAGGUUUACUUGGUGAUGGAAUUUCUACAAGGUGGAGAGCUGUACACACUUCUCAAUAAACUCGGCAAAAUGAGUGAAAUCGCCGGAAAGUUCUACAUAGCCGGCCUGGUUCUUGCACUGGAGCACCUCCAUGAUUGCCACGUCGUAUACAGAGAUCUCAAACCAGUGAAUGUGAUGCUGGAUGGAAAAGGACAAGUUCGACUCACUGACUUUGGACUCAGCAAAUUCAAUUUUCCAAAAGGCGCACAGACUCGUACCUUCUGUGGAACACCUGAAUAUAUGGCACCUGAAGUCAUCAAACGAAAGCCUUACGAUCACUCUGUAGAUGUUUACUCGCUUGGGUGCGUGAUCUACGACAUGCUCACCGGAGGACCCCCGUUCCAAGGAAAAACUGAGAAAGAAACAACCCGGAUGGCCCUUAAGGAUCCGCUCUUACUGCCGAGCCAUUUGUCCAUUGAAUGCCAAACAAUUCUUAUCUCGCUUAUAAAACGCGAUCCACAGAAAAGAAUGGGACUCGAGGAGCUCAAGACCACUGCCUUCUUCCGUGGCACUGAUUGGCAAAAAAUGAAAGAACAAGGAUACCUGCCCCCAUAUAUUCCGAGUGUUCUCAAUGACGAGGAUGUGUCUAAUUUCGAGCCAUGUUUCACGGAUAUGCCCGCAGAGGAGUCCCCGGUAAAGAAGCCAUCUGAGAAGGUCAAGAAGACAAUUACGGAGAAUGUAUUCGCUGGAUUCGACUCAGUUGCACAAAGUACCUCAAAGUUGGGAAAAGCCAGUAAACGGCUUGCGUUCAAAAAUUUAACAAAUGAAGCUGGUGAUCAAUAG